CUCUCAGACAGGAAGAAAAGAGCUUUACAAAAGAAAGAUGUGGAUAUCCGUAGAAGAAUUGAGCUUAUUCAAGACUUUGAAAUGCCCACGGUUAGCACAAAGAUUAAGGUAUCAAGAGAUGGACAGUAUAUUAUGGCAGUUGGAACGUACAAGCCAAGGAUCCGCUGUUUUGAUGCCUAUCAGUUAUCCCAGAAAUUUGAAAGAUGCUUAGAUUCUGAAGUGGUUACGUUUGAGAUUUUAUCAGAUGAUUACUCAAAGGUUGUCUUCCUGCAGUGUGGCAGGUUUGUGGAGUUUCAUUCACAGCAUGGCCAUUACUACAAGACAAGAAUACCAAAAUUUGGUAGAGAUUUCUCUUACCACUAUCCAUCAUGUGACUUGUAUUUUGUAGGAGCAAGUUCUGAAGUAUACAGGCUAAAUCUGGAACAAGGAAGGUUUCUGAACUCCCUGCAAACUGAUGCUUCAGAGAGUAAUGUCUGUGACAUAAAUCCUGUGCACUUCCUUUUUGCAAUGGGGACGGCUGAGGGUAAAGUGGAAUGCUGGGAUCCUAGAACUAGAAAUCGAGUUGGGCUGUUGGACUGUGCUUUAAGCAGUGUGACAGCAGACACUGAGAUAGAAGGUUUACCAUCCAUUUCAGCACUGAAAUUUGAUGGAGCUUUGACUAUGGCUGUUGGAACAUCGACUGGGCAGGUUUUAUUAUAUGAUCUCCGGUCUAGUAAUCCGUUAAUAGUCAAAGAUCACCACUAUGGCCUGCCUAUUAAGUCAGUUCAGUUUCAACGUCAGUUGGAUUUAAUUAUCUCUGCAGAUUCUCGAAUCAUAAAAAUGUGGAACAAAGAUACGGGGAAGAUAUUUACUUCAAUGGAGCCAGAAUACGAUAUCAAUGAUGUCUGCCUGUAUCCAAAUUCAGGAAUGCUAAUGACUGCCAAUGAAGCCCCUAAAAUGAAUAUCUAUUAUAUACCAGUUUUAGGACCUGCCCCAAAAUGGUGUUCCUUCUUGGACAACUUGACUGAAGAACUGGAAGAGAAUCCAGAGAGCACAGUUUAUGAUGAUUACAAAUUCGUUACCAGAAAAGACCUUGAAAAUUUAGGCCUUGCUCAUCUCAUUGGAUCGUCAUUGCUCAGAGCAUAUAUGCAUGGCUUUUUCAUGGACAUAAGACUUUAUCAUAAGGCAAAAAUGAUGGCCAAUCCUUUUGCGUAUGAAGAAUACAGGAGAGAGAAAAUAAGGCAGAAGAUAGAAGAAACACGUGCACAGAGAGUUCAACUAAAGAAACUUCCGAAAGUCAAUAAAGAGCUUGCGCUCAAACUCAUUGAAGAAGAAGGAGAAGGGGAACAGGUUACUAGAAAAAGGAAACAGAAGAAUCUGCCUAGUCUUCUGAAAGAUGAUCGUUUUAAGGUCAUGUUUGAGAAUCCAGAUUUCCAGGUGGAUGAGCAGAGUGAAGAAUUCAGGCUACUUAACCCACUUGUUUCUAAAAUAAGUGAGAAAAGAAAGAGGAAACUAAAGAUGUUGGAGGAACUGGAAGCACAAGAACAGGAAGAGGAGGAAGAGCCAGAAGGAAAAGCAAGUGAUGCAGAGAGUUCUGAGAGUUCAGAUGAUGAAAAAGGCUGGGUUGAAGAGGUCAGGAAACAGCGCAAGCUUCUACGCCAAGAGGAAAAAGUAAAGCGGCAGGAAAGGCUCAAGGAGGAUCAGCAAACAUUACUGAAACCUCAGUUUUUUGAGAUUAAAGAAGGAGAGGAAUUCAGAAGCUUCAAAGACUCUGCUAAAAAACAAAAAUUAAUGAAGAAAACUCUUGGAGAUCGUUUAAAGCUUGAAGAAAAACUUGGCACGCUGAAUGUGUCUGAUACCACAGUAGGCAGCAAACAGGCAACCUUCAAAUUAAAGAAGUCAGAGCAGCAAAGGAAACAGCAGGAAGCUGAGAAACGACAUCGUCAAGAGAGGAAAACCCUUAGGCGCCCUGCUAGCCAUCUCAAGAGCAAACGAGGAAGAGGACGACUGUUUCAUUGAUUUAUGUUAUCUUUUUAAGAAACUUUUCUCAUUUUUUAUUUGAAAUGGGGACUUUUUCAAACUGGGACACAGUACCAUAUGUUUGUAUUUUGUUUCAUUGAUGAACACAAAAGCCAGAACUUGCAAAACCCUGUGUUGGAAAGUUUAUGAAGGUAAAAGCAUUGACAGAGGACACUAUGGGUAUGGUUUGUUACAAACUCCAGUGUGAACUGUAUUUGUUCAGAAAUCACCAGCAACUGGUUCUUGUGUAACCCUGGAUGUUUUCUAUGUAAGACUUCAUGUUUACCACAAGGCUGCCUUUCUUAUAUUUAACUGAAGAGCUGUGGGGUUUUAUUUCU